UUGUGAGUAGGGAGAGAGGGAUAGAAAGAGCAGCGGGAGAAGCAGCGGUAAUAGUGAAUCUGAGCAAAACAAGAAGAGCCAAAAGAAAGGUUCCUCUUAAUCUAAUAUUAGCAAACUCAAUUCUCUGCCAUCCAUCACCAGAAACCCCUCUCCCCCUCCUCCUCUUAUACAGAUUCUCCACUUCUUCUCUCUCUGUAAUCUCUCUCACCCUCUUUUUAGUUCUUGGCACACUCACACUCCUCUUCUUCUACGUCUUCUCCACACUCUUCACCGGGAUAUGCAUAAGAGUCGCAUUCUGGGUCUCUGACGAUUUGGUCAUCUGGGGUUGCCUUGUUGUGAAUUGAAAAGGGUGAGGUCGUAAGCUAUCUAAAUAAUGUGGGAAGGAAGUACAAUUACUCCAGAGGGAGAACUCAAGGUAAGUUUUGGUUAUCAAUGCAAUGGCCAUGAAGCUAAAUCUUGCAUAGUUUCAAAUGGAUGUACAUCCCUGCCUAAGACGAUAAUCCAAAGGACGAGCAGUUUCUCUUGCUUGUCUGGUGCUGCUUUAAGUGCUAAUGCCACAUUGGCCAACACAAAUAUCUGCAAUGGUGUGAUAGGGGCAGAAAUACUUCCCAGUUGGGAUUCCCCUAAUUCAUUUCGUAAGAUUCCCUCUUCUCCGUCACUAUCCAGGUUGGAUAUUUUAUCAUCAUCUCUCCAAAGUAAUUUGUCAAAUUUAAGUUGUAGUCCAUCCACUCCAAGUGAUACACCUGAAUAUGAUACUUUUUCAUUGAAAUCUAUGAGCGCUCCUUCUGGAAGUGAAGGUUUUCUUAAUACUAUGGAAGUUCAAGUGGCUGGUGGAGCUGCUGGUGAAGACAGGGUUCAAGCAGUUUGUUCCGAGGAAAAUGGGUGGCUAUUUUGUGCUAUUUAUGAUGGCUUCAAUGGAAGGGAUGCCGCCGAUUUUCUGGCUGGGACACUAUAUGAAACUAUAAUAUAUUACUUCAGUUUAUUAGACUGGAAUGCGAGACAGGAUUGCACAAGAGCUCCCAAUGGGUCCCUCCAAUGUGUACUAGAGAGUGGUAUCAUUGGCCAGAAGGGAGGAAUUUCUUCAAUGAUUGAUGGAGACAAUGGCUUGUACUCAAAGGGGGAAGUCUCAUCUGAUUUGUUUAGACAUGGGGUGCUUGACGGCCUCAAGUGUGCUCUUGAUCAGGCUGAAAACGACUUUUUGUACAUGGUUGAGCAAGAAAUGGAUGACCGCCCUGAUCUAGUGUCAGUAGGGUCUUGUGUUUUGGUUGCCUUUCUCCACGGAAAGGAUUUGUAUACACUCAAUCUAGGUGACAGUAGAGCUGUAUUGGCAACGUAUAAUGAUGGCAAUGAAAAGAGUGAGAAUGAGAGACUGAAAGCUAUCCAACUCACUGAUAGUCAUACAGUUGACAAUGAUGCCGAGAGAGCUCAGCUAUUGUCUGAUCAUCCUGACGAUCAGAUGACAAUUGUAUCUGGAAAGGUGAAGGGCAAGUUGAAGGUUACACGUGCUUUAGGAGUCGGAUACCUUAAAAAGGAAAAGCUGAAUGAUGCACUAAUGGGUAUUCUUCGAGUUCGCAACCUCAUAAGCCCUCCAUAUAUUUCUACUCAUCCAUCACUUAAUGUGCAUAGGAUCUCAGAGUCCGACCACUUUGUUAUUCUUGGGAGUGAUGGCUUGUUUGACUUCUUUAGCAAUGAAGAUGCUGUAAGGCUUGUCCAUUCUUAUAUCUUAAAGGACCCUUCUGGGGAUCCCGCAAAGUUUCUAUUGGAGCAGGUCGUAGAGAGAGCAGCUGAUAGUGCAGGUUUCAGUAGGGAAGAAAUGAUGAAUAUCCCAGCCGGUAGGAGGAGGAAAUAUCAUGACGAUGUAACAGUAAUCGUGGUAAUCCUUGGAACUAACCAGCGCACGACCAAGGCGUCAACUUGCAUGUAAGUUAUCAUGUAGCGUCUCCUGUCCUGCGAUAAUAGUGAUGAGGUAUAGGUUUCAUGUUGCCGACCCCAAGCUAUUUGGGCAUCGGUUUUGCUGAUGAUGAUGAAAAUCAUUUUAGGGUGAAAGAUUUUGGCAGGGUAAAUCAAAUGUGUUCCAUUACAAAAAAAUAUAUAUAUAUUCGCAAAAUAAUGAGUUCCUUUACCGAUCAAUGCUACCUUAGCUGUAUUAUGAAAGAUGAAGCAUCACAUUGCUAUGUAUGUCUACAACUCUCAUUGCAGUGUUUCUUUU